AGUGCUUAUAUUGUAUGGAUUUUCAAAUUUUAGCACAUUUUGUGAAAAAACUACUGAAUUAUGUUUAAUAUUAAAACAUUUUAUUAAAUAAAUUUUAAAUAUGUAAUGUGGGUACUGUUUAGAAAAUUUUGAAACCAGUUGUUUAUUUGAUUUUAAUUUAUAUUUUGUAUUAUCGCUAAUUUUACUUAUGAUUUUUAGUUUUAACUGUUUACAUGUGACAAUUUUGAAAAAUUCACCUUUUCAUCAUGACAAAGCUCAGCCGUAAAUUAAUUAUCUUCCUCAUAGUAAUUAAGCUUUACACUAAAUCCGCCUUGGCAGGCCUUGUUCUGGAAGUGCCUGAAGUCGCACAGUCGGAUUUUGAAGAUUACGUAAAGAAAGCCAAACGCAUCCCAGUGGUUUUAAAUUAUCCAACUCUCUUCAUUUUCUCUACCGGAGCCAUCAACGACUUCAGAAAUGUCUCAACUCUUCUCUCUCACGAUCAAAAAUGUGAGUUUAUAACUGUUGAGUCUUCGACGGCGUUUGACGGGAAUAUAACAUCACUGGAGCCGGUGUUAACCUAUGUCAAAGACGGGGAAACGAAGAAAUACGAUGGUCCUAUUAACCCUGGGUAUAUCAUGAGCUGGCUAAGUAACCAGAACGUGUGUGAGAUGCGCGUUAAGGAUCUUUCAAAUUUCAAGUCAUUUCAGAAAUCCUUACCCUCAGGACAUGUGCAAGUUCUCGUGCUGUUUGCAGAACAUGACCCGAAACUCGUAGAAACAGUCAGGUCAUUCAUCGCAGAAAAGGAUCUAGCCGUUCCUGUCCUUUUCUCACCCGAACAAACUCUUUCCGAUCAAAUCGUCAAAUCUCUCAGCCAAGAGGGGAUAAAGUAUCCUACUCUGUUGAUAAUGAGGAACAUGAGUUUGUUACCGAAGAUUACAUUUUACACGAACGAUGUCAGGAAUAAGAAGGAGCUUUAUGAGUUUUUGAAGGAGGAGUUGAUUCCUCCGAUCCACUCAACGAACUCGUACAUGCUCCCGAUGUUCCUGGUCAUGAAGAAGACGAUAGUGUACAUUUACACUAGGGAUAAGGAGCUGAAGAAAUAUUUGAGUGAGUCGUGGAUAAACACUGUGCCCAGGAAACACAGCGAGAAACUCGUUUUCCUCCACUCCAAGGGCUCAGAUCUGGUGGAAAAUAAGAUGAACACGAUACUCGCAAUUGACUCAGACUACGAGGAAAUCGUCGUCAGAGCUUUCGUAAUCAACCUCGACACACUCGAAUUUUACAAAUUCAAACCACUCACCAUCGAAGACGGAACCAUCUCCGAACAGGGUAUGAACAGAUUUAUUGAUGAUUUGGAGAAUGACAGGUUGAGUCAUUAUGUGAAGAGUGAGCUUCCGAUACCCGAAAACAUCGAUAGAGGACCCGUUAAAACAAUCGUCGGCGAAGACUUCCACAGAAGAGUCAUCGAAUCCAAAGAUGAUAUUCUCGUACUUUUCCUAUCCUCUUGGUGUGGUCACUGUCAUAAGGCGAAGCGUGUUUUCAGGGACAUGGGAAGAAGACUCAAGGGUUCCAACGGACCAAUUCUCGCAACAUUCGACGCCUACAACAAUGAAGUCGAAGAUAUGGAAAUCAGCCAGUUCCCGACGAUAGCGUUGUUUCAGAGUGGAAAUAAAAGUGACCCUGUUUUUUACAACGGGCCGGAUAACCUGGAGGACAUUUCACUCUUUCUGGAAAAAAACUGCAAACGCAAUAAAGUCAACGCCGAAAACAUACUUCAAAAACACGUCUCACAGGAACAAAUCUUCGAAUUCCACACCGAACUUUGAUCUCACAAUACUCUUAAAUUUACUAUCUAAACUCUUAAAUUUACUAUCUAAACUCUUAAAUUUACUAUAUAA